GCAGGACGACCCGACCUUGCAUACAAUCAGGAAGAAGAGUAUGCAAUAGAAGAGGACGACGGUGACGACGCACCCCUUGCUACCUUGAUACCAAAGACUAACUCCACGACAAAAGGUCUCAAGAAGGAUUAGCAGAUGUUUUCAUAUAUUUUGUCAUAAUAUUGUAGUUCAAUUGCACGUAUUUUUUUUCGGUUUUCAUUAAUGGUAUUGAUUGUUGUGGCAAUUUAGCCUUUUGGUGGUCAAGACGCAUUGGAUGGAAAUUCACGCGUAUCGAAAGUGGAGGCUGUUCUACUUGCAAGAUACCACGAUUCUUCUAUACCACAUCAUUGAGGCGUUCUUACUUCUGGACAUAUGAAUCGACUACCGUUUACUCAGGGAAGCAAGCUGCAGCCACAUUGCCGCAUUAGAAAAUGCAAUUUUUUCCAUGGUGCGUCUUCUGUCAACGAUACGUUCUUCCCUUUACACUGUAAAAUGUCUUUCUCCUCGUCAAAACGUCCAGUAUUAGCCGUAUUGGGCUGUGGCACUAUGGGUGUUGCCAUUUUGAAAGGAAUUCACGACACUUUGGAUGGAGGAUGCCAAGAGGAACUAUUUCCCAACAAGUUCCUAGUAACAUGUUCUCGGCAAGAAUCUAAAGCUCGAUUGACUAAAACAUUCGAGCGUAACGAUACAGAAGUUCAUUGUGGCGAUAAUGUUCACGUCGCAGAGGUUUCAGACAUUGUACUCUUGUGUUGUAAGCCUCAAGGCUCGAAGGCUAUCUUGACACUUCCGGGUAUGAAAGAGGCUCUUAAAAACAAAUGUUUAAUCAGCAUUUGCGCUGGUGUGACUAUUCUUCAAAUGCAAGAUUGGCUGGAUCCAAGUACACACGUUAUGCGAGCUAUGCCCAACACACCAUGCAAAAUUCGCCAGGGUAUGACCGUAUUGAGUCCAGCAUCCAAUGUUGAUCAAGUAUACCAGCAAUUGGCUUUUAACAUGUUUUCGACAUUGGGACGAUGCAGAGUACUGGAGGAGAAGCAUAUGGACGCUGUCACAGCAUUGUCAGGCUCAGGUCCAGCGUUUGGGUGUGUAAUUUUGGAGGCAUUCGCUGAUGGUGGUGUCAUGAUGGGUUUACCUAGAGACGUUGCUAUUGAACUAGCGGCACAAGCUAUGAAUGGAGCAGCUAGAAUGGUAUUGGAAACUGGUGCUCAUCCCGCCGAAAUCAAAGAUGGUGUUACAACACCAGCAGGUUCAACGAUAGCGGGAUUACUUACCAUGGAGGAUGGAAAAAUUCGGUCCACUUUGGCCAGAACUAUCCAAGAAGCGACUAAUGUCGCCAGCACCUUGGGCCGAAAGCAGUCCUAAACCGUUGUGAAGUCCAGGGGAUUGCCGUUGACCAACCGGAUGCAAGAUUACAGUAUGUCUCUGGUAUUUCUUUUUUAACGGCGGCUACUUGCUCGGCAAUCGAAUGACAAUAAAAAAAAAAUUGAUGUUAGCGUCAAAUGAGACCACGUCUUUUACCCUCCUAUGAUU